GAAGAGCAAGAAGAAGCGUAGAAGACGUCGAAGUACCUCAGGUAGGACGCCACGAUAUGGCUUCUCCGGAUCCAACUGAGACCACGAACCGGGCAGGAAGCAUGCUUCCUCCGAACACCAAUCCAACCGACACCAGGGACCACAGAGGAAGCAGUCUCACGGAGACCAGUCGUGGCCUGGACGCCGAGGCACCGACGUGCCGCAUCUGCUACCGCGGAACAGUCAGCGCCGAUGAGGAACACGGACCUCUCGUGUCCCCUUGCUCUUGCAGGGGCUUGAUCGGCUUCGCCCAUGAGCGAUGCCUGGAGAAGUGGCUCCGAGAAAAGGACACUAACCAUUGCGAUGUCUGUCUGCAGCGCUUUUCCGUGCACCGCAAGCCUGUGCCUCUCUGGUACUUUUUCCGGGAUCCAAAGCACCGGAAUGACGUCUUGCGCAUGGUGGUAAAUGCGCUGUCGUGCAUAGGCGACAUCAUGAUGCUGUCGUUCGCUUGGACCUAUGCCAGCGGCUUCCUUGGCAGCGUGGGAUGGCUAACCUACCUGUUCAUCUUGUGCGUGCUGCUCUUCCAGACUAUCUUCUGGAUGAUGGUCGAGAUUAUACGAAUCAUGGCGUGCUACGAGCCCGUGCGCAAGUGGAGGGAUAAAACGUGUUCCGUCGAUGCCGUGCUGAAAGGCAGGGACUCCACUGAUCCCGCUCCAUCGGCUCGCGGGCCGGAGGUGGUGGUCCUGCAAGAGAAAAACCUGGCCCCGAAUGAAGGCGGUCCAGGUUCGGGCACGCAUUCACCGAUGCAAUCUCGGGAAAAAGACCGCGGGCAAGUGCGGGCAACGCCCGAGUGUACCAUGAUCAACUGGAAAUCUGCUACACCUACCCAAGGGCAGAUGUCUGCAGAACGCACCACCGAUGCGACGGGCGGGCAACGCCCGAAACACACCUUGCGAAUCCCACAAUAGCAACGCGAUGGAUUAACGUAGCGUCAUCAUCCUGGCUUCUACGAUUUGCAAAAAAGCUGCGCAGUUUCUUUUA